AUGAUAUUAUGGUCACAAGCUAAGUGCUUGGUGAGAUUCAAAGAUUGUGUUCUUAAAGACAAUCUCAAAAGUACUUCCUUCAUAUUCAAGAACCCCAUAACAGACUUAGAAAUCUAUCAAUCGAAUACCCAAGACCUACCCUGCAAAAUAGGUGUGAUAGGACAUCGUAAAACCGAAUUCUUGAACGCUCUUGCCAUGAAAUACAUUGCUGUUCCACCUUUAUCAAGAACAUAUCCAUUGAUGGCCGAACUCAAAGAGUAUGACCAAAUUCAGUACCUCAACUUCAAAGAGUCUUCUGGCUUAGAUAAAGUAUAUCUCUCUGCGAGAUAUGAAUCAUAUGCUUACAAAGGAAAGUUAGAAAUGUCUGAUGACGUUAAUUCAGUCAAGAAUUACAUUGUCGGUAGUAAUAAUUACAAUAGUAACCAAAGUUCAGUGUCAGAGGCUGAAGUUAACAGGGUGAUCGAUCUUUUCAAUUUAAGUCAUUUGAGAGACAAAUGGGUCAAUUCUUUAAGUAACGGGCAAUUAAGAAGAGCGAGAAUCGCCAAGUCUGUUUUACACAAGCCCAAGCUUUUGAUCAUAGAUGAUCCAUUCUUGGGCCUCGACCCUGUUCAAACACAGUUAGUCUCUAACUCGUUGAACGAUGUAGUUGAUGAGUUCAAUAUGGCGAUUGUAUUGGGACUCAGAUUCCAAGAUAAAGUACCAGAAUGGAUCGGUCAUCUCACCGAAGUUGAUGAACUGGGUGUAUUGUUCAAUGGUCCCAGGGAAGAAGUUGCUUUGAAAGUUUCAAAGAAUAUUAAAGAAACUGAAAUUCCUCAGGAUAGAAAACUUAAUUUGCUCAAAAUAAGCAAUAGCGACUUAUCAGAUAAUGACACACCACACGUUGAGUUUAAUAAUGCAUCAGUAAUCUAUAAAGAUGUACCUGUUUUGGCCAAUUUUAACUGGCAAAUCCCUAGAGGAACAAGUUGGAGAAUCCUCGGAGAAAAUGGAACUGGGAAGACUACAAUUUUAUCGUUGAUCACUGCUGACCAUCCGCAGUCAUGGAGGUCAGUUUUGUCUGUUGAAGGUGUCUUGAGAAAAACCGGAAGUGGAGUAACAUUUUUUGACGUGAACAAUAAGAUUGGCAUUUCUUCUCCUGAGCUCCACUCUUUAGUUCCAUCAACAAAGACCAUGAAUGAAAUCAUUAAAAAUGGACUAGUAAAAGACAUUGGAAACUCAAACUUCCAGUUCAGCGGUGAGAGAUAUGAGCUUCCAAACAACAAGAUCGAGGCAUUAUUCCAAAAACCUUUUGUUGUAGACGUGUUAGAGCAACAUGGAAACACUCCCUUUCAUUCCUUAAGCAUCACAUUACAGAAAGUAACUUUGUUUUUGAGAGCUCUUAUCAAGGAUCCCGAACUUAUCAUUCUUGAUGAAGCGUUCUCGUGCAUGGAUAAUGUAGACUUGUUGAAAGCUUGCCAUGGGGUGCUCAGAGAUGAGUUUCCAGAUUCAACGAUCUUAAGUAUUGGUCAUAUUGAAUGGGAGCUUCCCGACUACGACUAUGUGAUCAAGUUGGUAGGCGACGAUAACAGGUCUUAUCAAUUGUUCAAAGCAGUCGCAAAAGACUAGUUUUAGCUUGAAUUUUCAAACUGCGCUGCUGCAUAUCUUUACCCCUAUUGAGGUGCUUUAGCCCCAAAUUUGGAAUUGAUUAGGAAUACAUUUUUAACCCCUAAAAGUAAGCAUAGAAAUCUAUGAAUACACUGUACGUACCUAAUUAUAGCAUGCUUGUAGUGAUUCUAUUUAGAUGACCAAUUUCAGGAGCAACUUAAAGUGUAAA